GGGGGGAGGGCGAAGGGGGAGGUGUCCGCGCUAUGGCGAGGUUAAGGAAAGCCGAGCUGGCCACAGCUGGAGUUGUAUUACUUUGCCACUUUUUAAUGGACCGGUUUCGGUAUGCGGAAGGGGAGACCGUAAAUCAAACCAAUGAUGUGCUUUAUGAAGUUGGCCAUGGCUUUUCUCAUGGAGAAGAGGAAGUAGAUAUAGACUCAAAUGUGCACAGCCACAGGUGGAAAAGGAACUCUGAGCCACUCAAGUCAAUCGACAGCAAUCGAGCAAGUAUGGGUCAAGAUUCAUCAGAACCCAGAGGCUUCACAGAUCUGCUCCUUGAUGAUGGACAUGACAACAACACACAGAUUGAGGAGGAUACAGAUCAUAAUUACUAUAUUUCCAGGAUAUAUGGGCCAUUUGACUCUGCCAGCCGGGAUUUGUGGGUGAAUAUGGACCAAAAGGAAAAAGAUAAAGUGAAGAUUCAUGGGAUUUUGUCCAAUACCCAUCGGCAAGCUGCAAGAGUGAAUCUGUCCUUCGAUUUUCCAUUUUAUGGCCAUUUUCUACGUGAAAUCACUGUGGCAACUGGGGGUUUUAUAUAUACAGGGGAAAUUGUACACCGAAUGCUAACAGCCACACAGUACAUAGCUCCUUUAAUGGCAAAUUUUGACCCUAGUGUGUCCAGAAAUUCAACCAUCAGAUACUUUGAUAAUGGCACAGCCCUCGUCGUCCAGUGGGACCAUGUACAUCUUCAAGAUAAUUACAACCUAGGCAGUUUCACUUUCCAGGCUACUCUCCUCAGUGAUGGGCGGAUCAUUUUCGGAUACAAAGAAAUUCCUGUGUUGGUGACCCAGAUAAGUACAACAAACCAUCCAGUGAAAGUGGGAUUGUCUGAUGCAUUUGUAGUUGUCCACAGGAUCCAACAGAUUCCCAAUGUUCGAAGGAGAACAAUUUAUGAAUACCACCGGGUAGAACUCCAAAUGGGGAAGAUUACUAAUAUUUCAGCUGUGGAGAUGACCCCACUACCCACUUGCCUCCAGUUUAAUAGCUGUGGACCUUGUGUUUCUUCUCAGAUUGGGUUCAACUGUAGCUGGUGUAGCAAACUCCAAAGAUGCUCUAGUGGAUUUGAUCGACAUCGGCAAGACUGGGUAGACAGUGGUUGCCCUGAAGAGUCCAAAGAGAAGAUGUGUGACAGCAUAGAGUCAGGUGAAACAUCUUCCCAGACAACCACAACUGUGCAAUCAACAACUACACAAUUCAAAGUUUUAACCACCACCAGAAGAAUAACUUCACCACAAUUACCAACCAGCCUCCCCACAGAAGAUGAUACCAAGAUAGCUCUACAUUUAAGAGAUAAUGGAGCCUCUACUGAUGACAGUGCAGCAGAGAAAAAAGAUGGAGCUCUUCAUGCUGGUCUAAUUGUAGGGAUCCUCAUCCUUGUCCUCAUCAUAGCAACAGCCAUCCUUGUGACAGUCUACAUGUAUAACCAUCCAACAUCAGCAGCCAGCAUAUUCUUCAUUGAGCGGCGUCCCAGUCGAUGGCCAGCUAUGAAGUUUCGAAGAGGCUCUGGACAUCCUGCAUAUGCUGAAGUUGAACCUGUUGGAGAAAAAGAAGGUUUUAUUGUAUCAGAGCAGUGUUAAAAUUUCUAGGACAGAGCACCAGUACUGGCUUACAGGUGUAAGACUUUAACUUUGCCUAUAUCUUUAAAAAAAAAUUAAAAAACAAUGAAAAAAAUAAAGGCGCCCUAAGCUGCUGUAGCCUAAACAAGGAAUGAUUCUGGAUCAGCCUUGCCCAAGAAAGCUGGGGGAAAGGAAUUUGCAAAAACACCAGAUUAUGCUGUGCAGUAGUUUUCUUUAAUGAAAUGACAUACAGUUCACUUAGAACAUCCCCAGCGGACUGGUCACAACUCUGACAUGGCAUCAUGCUGUUGGCUUAGGUGUGGGGUUGCAUAAGAAUCAAGGGAAGAAAUAAAGCUUUAGUUCACAAGGGUUCUAUCCCCUUUGGUUCAUAUAUAUUCUGGGGUCUCAAAGGUGAUAGUUUUUGCAAAUUGACAAUGCUUUGUUUUGUUUUGUUUUUUUAAGGAAAAGACAAUAAUAUUUUAAGAUGGUAGGACAAAACCAAUUCAUGCAGGCAAAAUUACAUGUAAAAUAAGCAAUUUCUAAUCUUCAAAAAUGAAAAAUGGCAAUAGACUUUUGGUUUUCAAGGUCUACUUUCAAGUGUUCAAACAAGUUCAUUAUUCUAAAGUGUAAAACAUUUUCUCAAAAAGAUUAAACUGUGUCUCCCACUUUUUAGGAGUUGUAGGUUAUAAAGGCAGCACCAGUUUUAGGUUAACCUUUGGCACAGAAGCUUUGCUUCUUGGUGUCUUUGGCAAUAACUUUUAUUUCAGAAUGUCAAAUUUGGAUUUCUUUUUUUGAAAAAUGUUGCCUGCAUGGUCUACCUUUGAAAUGAAAUGAAGGCAAAAGAUGUUCGUGACUAAGAGGAGAAAGAAACAGGAAGAGUUUCUCAGGCAUUUUGUGAAGCAAAAUUAUUGAGGGAUUUCAAACAAAUGUGUGGAUUUAAAUUUAAUUUUUUUUGCCAGGUCAGUACUAAUGGCCUGUUUCAUUGUUGAUUCUUGCCUAAGAAGCCAUUCAAUUUCCAGCACAUAUCCCCAGAAAUUAAAAAAAAAAGGAAAAUGUUUCAGAACCCUGCUGAUUCAUACAGUAAUUUUGUUUAAAGCACAUAGUAGUUGCAUAAAUAUAAAUAUAUAUAUAUAUAAAUAUAUUUUUGUUUAUAGCUAACACAAGGCAGGCUCUUGUGACUGUUAAGACUGCAUUUUGUCAUCUGGACAAAGAAAAUGGAUUGCAUUAUUGCAUAAUUCCAUUGAGUUGUAAAAUAAUCCUUAAUAUUAGAAUAUUUUUAUGUCCCAUGGGGAAAGUGGUUCAUUCAGUUGCAGUGCCAUACGUUUUCCUGCCUACAUGAGCCACUCUUCCACUCACACCAACCCUUUCCUUCCCAAAUUAGGUUAAGAAGACAUUAAAAACUCUUUAAAUGGGGUCACCAGUUAUGCUGGCCUGGUUGGACUAACCACAAUCCAGAUUGUGAACAUCCCCACUAGAAAAGGAAUUUUAAACAUUCUUUGAGGAGGAAAAGGUUAAUAUACACUGAACUUCUAAAGUUGAAAUUUAAAUCCUAUGUGUAUAAUUCCAUUGCCAUCUUGACUUAUGAACCCUUUACAUUCUGUACAAAGUGAUUCCUGUUAAGGUACGGUGUUCAACAUUUGCAGGUUCAGGUCUCAAGUAGCAUGCAUAUAUAUAUAUAUAUAUAUAUAUAUAUAUAUAUAUAUAUAUAGUAAGUAGUACCUUACUAACAUUUUAGAAUGUAUAGAGACUCUAAUGUCUGAAUUCAGUGACUUCAAUCCACUAAUAAAUGAUGAUUCUCUUUAAUAACUGUCUUCAUGAAGUAAACCAGUACUGUUUUUUGUAUAGCACAUUUUGCUUUUUUUUUUUUUUUUAAAGUUAUCCAACAUGGCAUUUAACCUUUUUUCCCCCCAUAAGUUAUGUAACAGUCUCCUUAAAGAAUUGAGAAGCAAGUUAAAAUGAAGGUUAAGAUGACCAUCUUACAGCCAUAUGCCUUCUCAUUUUAUAUGAACUGUUCCAACACAUGCCUUGUGGGUAGAUUUAGUUAUGUAGCAAUAACCAAAUGACUUGCCAUUUAACUGGUGCAACUGGUACACUAAGAAUAUUUAAUUAUCAUGUAGACAACCUCCUUCUGGGAUGAGAUGCUGUGCUCUGGUUGGUUUUUACAGUAAAAUUUGUCUUCCAAUGGCAGUAAUUGACAAAUAAUUCUGUUAUGCCUGUAUAUAAGUAUAAUUUCCCAUAUGUUAGUGGAGGAAAUAGAAGAUACCAUCCUUUGGAUGCAUUGUGAGAAUUGAUAAUUCUAUGAAAAAUGUUCACAACUGUAAUCUGAAUUACUCAGUUUGACUAAAUAUGAAAUAUUCAAGGCAACCUUAGAUUACAAACACAUCAGAAUUUGAAGGAGGCUAUGGGGAAGAAUUUCUCUCAGGUCAGAUUGAAGAUUUCUUAUGUCAACCUUACCUGACAUCUUUCCUUUUUCAUGCAAUUUGCUUUCUAUUCUGUAUCCCUACUCUGUACUUGUAUUCCCUUAUACAACCAAAGGAAAACUCUCUAGUGUUUUAGAAUAUAAAAUGAAAGUUAGGCUUUCUAUCUAGAGAGUGUAACUGUUUAAAUAAUAUGAAUUAAUAACUUGAUAUGUAUUUUGACUUACAUAUGUAAUAGCCAUGCAAAUUACAGUAGAUUAAAAGAAAAGAACAUCAAGAAAAAAUCACCAAUAAAGAAAAUUAAGUUGAAAUGUUACUUCACUAUACUGUAUUACCAUAGGGUAUAGUAAGAGUUGAUGCUGUGGAUCUCAAACUAAGGGCUACUGAGCCUGGCAUAUUACUUUGACCAUUGACAUCAGGACUUUUCAAGUGAAAGCUGAGCAAUUGCUUCUGGAUUGCUAUAAAGCCAUAAGUUAAUUAUCUAAUUCCUUUGGAAUUAGAUUCCUCCUAAGGAAUAUGGAGAACCUGACAUUUUUUUAUUAUUAAAAUAGAUAAAAAAGAUAAAUGUGGAUAAGAUGAAAAAUACUUAUAUAACACUUUCUCAGCCCCUUUUUCAUUUGAAUCAGUGAAUUAUUACAAUUUAAGACUUGUAAAAAUUUGUAGAUGUUCUAUAGAUGUUCUGAGUAGGAAUCAAACAGGACUAACUUCCAUAUUCCAUAAAAUCUUUAAUUUACUUGCAUUAUUUUUACAGAAAUAUUGACAUAAAAUGCUGUACUAUUCUGUAUAACCUAAGAUUUCUUCUUCAUUAUCCAAUCUAGUUCCCUCAUGUUAUAACUGAAACAGAGAAGGCCCAGAAAAGAAAAAAAAAUAUUUUCCCAUAUUUAGCUAUGGCAUAGAGGAAGGCAUAGAACUCAGGCAUUCUGAUGUCCAGUUCUGGUCAUUUUAAUUACAUUUCACCAUCUACCAAGUAGUACUGAAGUAGCUAAGCUCAAACCAAUUUCAUUAGGCAGACAAUUCAUCUCAAAAUAUACUGCAUUUGUUUCAUUGUAUUCUCUAUUGUAUCAUGCAACAACUCUCUUGCAACAAUUACUCUAUGGUAUUUUUACAAAUGAAUUCUUUUUUUGUCUAUUUGAUAAGAUAAUCAGAUAUUGCCUAAUGUAGUUUCUUAGCUUUUUUGAUCUCUUCAUUUUGGAAAAUGACUUUAAAAAAUUUCUUUAGGAAGUGGUGAUAAUCUAUCUUGAUAUUAGGCCCUUUAUUCACUCUCAAUUUUUUGCCAUCUUUUUUCUUUUUGUUCUUGUUCACUUUGACCUCUAUCCCAACCAUGCAUAUAUCAUGAACAGGAAUUGCCAUUGGAUGGUGAACUAGACUCACAAUUUUUUUUUUAAGUAGAAUAAUUAGUUGCAUUGCAUGUGGGAAAUUUCGAGGUGUUUUUAGUGACUUGAAGCUUUAAUUUGAAAAAAAAAUCCAUCUAUUUUAACAUUGAUAUUUUUAUGGUCAUGAUAUAUACCUUAUAUACUUAUGAGUCAUGAAAUCUCUCAUUUCCUGAAGGAGUCAUCUUAUGGAUCAUUCAGUGAGCAACAGUAGAAUUCAUAAUGGUUCUGAUAGACAGCAAUAUAUCUCUAAUGGAAAAUUCCAUGGGAAUGAGCAUAAAAGAUAAUGGAAAUAAGUACGUCCAUAAAAGGAAGUGAGUCUGUCAAGUAAGGUAGAAGGUAAACAAUUAGACUCUCCUAUUGCUUCUAUCGUAUCUAUAACAUGAGAGGAGUUGAUCCCUAUGCAAAAAUAUAGGGCAGGACACAGAUAGGAACUACAAAGGAUAAAAAGAUAUUAACCAAUUGUGAUCAACAACUUUGGAGGAAAUGUCUAACAGAUUGAUUUAACUCCCUAAGAAUUCUCUAAAAAAAGGAGUAAUGGACAGCCUCCUAGCCUAGAAUAUGUGAGUAUUUAGUGAUUUGAGUAUUGAAAAUAGUGCUAUCUGGUGAAAUAAUUUGCUAUAAAACACUUUACUUUAUACUUUCUCUGCAGCCUGGUUUUACUUAGACAUCUAAUAAUAGUCUUAAAGGAAGGUAAUGCAAUAUAUCACUAUUGGAAAAUUCUAAGACAGUGAGCAUAAAAGAUAAUGAAAAUAUGUUAUGUCCAGAAAAGGAAGUGAGUCUGUCAAGUAAGGUGCAAGAAAAACAAUUAGACAGUCCAAUUGCCUUUAUGGUAUCUAUGACAUGUGAUGGGUAACUAUUAUGCAAAAAUAUAUGACAGGACAAAGACAGGACCUACACAGGUUGAAAAGGUAUGUACUCAACAACUUUGGAGGAAAUACCCAACAGAUUUGUCUAACUCCCUAAGAAUUCUCUUAAAAGGAAUAAUAGAGAGCCUCCUUGCCUACAAUAUUUAAGCAUUUAGAGAUCUGAGUAUUAAAAGUAUCUGGCGAAAUAAUCUGCUUCAAAACAUUUCUUUGUACUUUUCUGAAGCAUAGUUUUACUUACACAUCUAAGAGUAGUCUUUGAUGGAAAUGAUGCAAGUUAUUCAGAGAUGAUUCUAAAAAUGACUUGAUUGGACUUUGCAUUUAUAAGAGUCUCGUAUUAAACACUGUGAUAAGCUUAUUUUGGUAAAGAAACAAUUCUGUCGUGGAAAGAGCAAUGACUACAGAGUUUAUUUUCUAAACCUCACUUGGUCAAUGACUAAAUCUGUGAUCCAAGGCAUUACUUAGUUCUUGGAAACUUAGUUUCCUCAUCUAUACAGUGGAGACUAUAAAAAUCUUCCUACCUCAAUAGUUUGUGAUGUAGGAAAAAAAAGAGCAAAGAGUCUGGAGUUAGAGGGCCCAAGGUCAAAAUCUGCUUCUGCGUACUACCUAUAUAACCUUUGGCAAAUUGCACAACCUAACUGGGCUUCCUUUUCCUUGUUGGUUGAUUGGAAGACUCUAAGUUCUCUUCCAAUUCUAUUCUUAUAAUGCUAGAGUUGUUAUAAAGCUCAAAUUGGAUAAGGCAUAUGAAAAUUUCCUGUGAAUAACAAUGUGUAGCACAUAUAUGAGGAGAUGACAAUAUUUUUAUUCUCAUUAUAAAGAUAAUUCUCAUUGUUCUCCUUCAACUUAAUUCUAUCUAUAAUUAUAAUUAGUGGCAACCAAGUGACUUCAAGCCUUCAUUGGGUUCUUCUUUUCAAUGGUGCAAGUUAUUGGAUUGUAAUUACUUCUUGGUGCCCAAAUGAUGUCCAGUUUAUUAAAUGUUUUGUUCAGCUGUUGCUGAAAAGAAUUCUAAAAAUCUAGUCUGCUUGGUGCAAGUAGUUUAUUACUUACCUUGUUUCUAAUCACAAUCCUUUGCCAGGCUUUUAAAUUGUAUGCAACUUUUAAUUAUAAGCAAUCUUCUUUGACCAAAUGUCAAACAUGUUGCUCAAUUUUUUUCCAACUCUAAGCAACUUAUUGUUUAUUUUGCAACAUAAAUUUGGAUAUUUUUAAUGAAAAAUACAAUGUCAUAGAUUGGCUGUCAUUUCAUCUUUAUUUCCACUGAUAGAAUAACCACAUUUUCUAUGUCAAUUUUAAUUGUAACUAGUGUAGCAUCAUGAGAUAUGGAACUGGCAGGAACUUUAAAGAUUAAAUACAACAACUUUAGUUUGAGCAAGAAAACUGAGGUCACAGAAUAAAUAUUUAAUUCUUCCUUUAAUUCCAGUGACCUUUUUGUCACUCCACACACAUUUUCCUUUUAAUUUCUGAUGUUUUUUCACAAUUGCCAGAGAAGUUUUAGAUAGCUGUUUAUUUGAAUCUUGGUCUUUUGAGAAAGAACAUUUUUCAUUUUUUUCCAUCAAUGUUCCUCUCAUGGCUUCUCAAAUUUUAUUAGCUUUAGGUUUCUUUAAAAAUUCCAGAAAUAAAGCAGUUUUGGUAGUUUUUUAGGAAUGUGAAUUAUACUCUGAAGAUCAAUAAAAGAACUAGUAGCUAAAGAAUAAAACUUUUAGGUUCACAGGUACUCGCUCCCUAAUUUCUGUUUGUACUUUUAACCUAGGCCCUUUAUUAGUAGAUUUUAUAGAGUCAAGUUAUUGGUGUUCAAGGUACCAUUGCAGCCAAUGCUGCCUUUCCAAAAUAGUGACUCAGAUUUUAACACUUUAUCUAUUAUAUGUCACUUUAUUAUUACUAUAUCCUCCCAUCCAAACUGGUAGGAUCCUACAUGACCUUUUCUUUACUUACAGCUUUAGAAGGAAUGUCCUUCUGGCUUUUACUGUUACCUUUUUGAAAAGGUAUGGAGAUCUUCCUUUAAAGGUACUUUUCUAGCGCUUGAUUUGCCUUGCUAAAUCAGAGAUUGAAGUAGAUAAAGCCAUAGGGCAGUCUGUUGUUGCUGAUGUAAUGGCUGAAUCAAGACAUAAACACUUCUCAUCAUAUAGAUUUGCUCUCCUUGAUAGAGACCUUAUUUUUACAUAUCCUUUCUCAUGGGCAAUUGUACAUUAUAUCCAUUGAAGAUUUCCUCAAUAUCCAUCAUCAAUUGUUCCACUUGGUCCUUAGCCUCUGAUUUUGUAAUCUGUAUGAAAUUAGGAUUAGCCUUGUUGACUCCAGUUUGGCUUUAUUCAGCAGUAGAACAAAGGGAAAAAAAUCAUUGCAGACCUCUCCCUCAAAAUGUUCCUUUAUAGCUUUUCUUCUUUUUUAAUGAAAGAAAUGCCCUGGGUUAAUUAUUCUGCAGAUAGAUAGUCAGAAUAGAUGGAGUUUACUGUAAUUUGACAUUGACCUUUUCCAGAAGUGUUUUCAAUUGCCUUGAUCAUUUAAGCAAGAACACUGACCCUCAGUCAGUGUGUAGAAUGCUUAAGCAGGCCAUUGUGUUAUUGAUACUUAUUUCAUUUGUGUACUGUACUAUCCAUGGUUUGGUUUGAUUUUUCCCCUACUCCAUUCAACAACUCUCUCUAUUUUUACUAUCAUUAAGUAUGAUGAUUAUCAACUAACAUGGGAAUGAAAGAAAAUCUAUUAAAUAUGUCAUGAUGGACUUUUGGAAAUUUUCUGAAAUAAAAAAUUCAAUAUGUGAAAGGACAAAUAACUACCUACAUGUGAUUGUAGCAUUACAUAACUCUACACAGAGACAUUUCAUCCUACUAUCUUUCAACCUCAGUUGCCCAAAAAAAAAUAAAAACAAAAGAAAAAGAAAUUAUCUGAUUUUCAUUUAGAAACUUUACCUUUACCUUUCCUCAAAUAUCUAGAAUUAUUCAAUGGACAAUGGCUUUAAAAAUCAAUGGAGUAAUGCAUUAAGAAUUUCUGACUUUAAAAUCAUAUCUAUUCAUUUUUGCCAAUUUUGGCUUACAUAAAAAUACCUCAGUGAUCCCCACCAUUCCUUUGGAGCAGUGAUUUAAAAAAAAAUGGUGUCUUCUUUUUAAUGACUGUACUUAUAACUAAUGAAUAAAUCAAGAAGCAUUUGUUAAGUGCCUACUAUGUGUCAUGUACUGUGCAAUAUGUUGGGAAUGCAAAACAAUAGCUUUCCAUGAGUGAAGUGUCAAUAAAGAAUUAUGCAGCCCAUAUUUAUAAUAGUAUUUUAUAUUUCUAUAGGAUUUGGAGGUCUGCAAAGUGCUUUAUAUGGCUCUUUUGAUCCCCACAAUUCUAUGAAGUAGGUGCUAUCAUUAUUCCCAUUCUCCAGAUGAGGACAUAAAAGUCCCAAAUAAACACAAAAAGAAAAUUUAGUAGUGAGAUCUAAGGUGUUCCUGACUCAAAUUCUAACACUUUAUUAUAUGAUAGAUAUUAAUUUAUUACUAUAUUAAUAUUUCAGCUAAAUUACCUCCUAUCUAGUCCAUUAAGUUCCAUUAUAAACCCUAUAUCAUUGUUCCUUCUAUGUGAGGAAAGGGAAAUGUAAGUGAGUAACAGUAUCUUAAUAAUAAUUAACAAAGCUCCUAAAGCCCUAUCCAUUAGUCUUCCCAACUUCAGUACAAUGGACAAAGGGGCAGAUGGAACCACAUUAAAGUAUGGGAAAUUUAGGAGAAGCUGAAGCAUAAAUUGUGUGGACCAGAGGAUAUCAGCUUAUCCAUGUCUCCACAAAAUAAGAGAGUAGCCAGAGGGAUUGGCCUCCAGCAUGGGCCCCAUAUAGAUGAUUCCCCAAGUCUAUCAAACUAUGUAAUUAAGUUUAUUUGAGUCUGAUAGCUAACCAAGAAUGGACUCCCUCUCUGUCACUGCUUAUUAUUUAAUAAGGACAGAUUUUUUUUCUUUCAUUUCAUGUCACAGGAGAGUGUAAGCCAGAAAGAAUUUUCCUGAAGGGAGAGAUGCUACUCUGGGGAGUGCAACUCUGGGAAAGACUCACAUUUUAUAGGCUUUGACUUUCUUCAGAAAUGUCUUUGUGGGGAUCACAUAGUAUAUAGUGCAGCAAUCUUUACAUAGAGAAUGAUAGGGGAAAAUCCAAUUUAAUAUAUUUUUAGCUCAAAAUCAAGUCUUCUCAGGUACUUUUAUUUGACAGCACUGAAAAUGACAAAAGGUGAAAUUAGGUCUUCCUUGCUAAAAUACAUUCCCAUCAAUCAAGGGAGUAUAAUGGAAUCUCUUCUAACAGUCAUUUUGUGUAUACUGGAACAUGUGCACUAGGGGCCUGGUUAAAGAGAGAGAAGUUUUUUCACUGACUUCUAAGGGGGAAAAACAGAGCACUCUCUCUCACUUGUCUAAAUUGAGGGGAGUACUUGGCUAGCACCUUGGAAAACUACUAUUUUCAAGGCAAAAGAGAGGAGGGGAAAAAAAGACAGACUUUCUAGUUUGCCAAUUGGAAUCAUGGGAAAUUUUACUGCCAGGAAUUUACAACUGUUUCUGGUAAUUCUGUUUGUAGGCAUUUGAAUAUUAAGUGCAAAGGAAUAAAACUCCAACACUCCUGUCAUUGCAUAUCAGUUGUCCUGGGGUAGAAUAUAUUCCUACUGUAUUUCUAAGUAUAAGUGCUACUUUUGUCUGGAUCAGAAAGUCAGUGGGUUACCUAAUGUUCAACAAAGCACCUAUGGGCCAAAUACAACAAUAAACUCAAGACAUGGCUUCUAAAAGAGAAUAGGAUGGGAGAGGAAAUCUGAGUCAAAAGUUUAUCAAAAUGAAGAAACCCAGAGAGGGGAUGAUGGAAACACGGCCAUCGAGUUUUUCACUGUUUCCAAAGGCACUGUGUCUCAUCUCAAGGACCUUGUCUUUCAGGGGAAUGAAGGGUUUCAAAACUUUCUAGAACAAAACUUGCCGAAAUGAACAAUUUGAACUUGUACCAGUACUUUGGACAUCAUUCCCAUUUUCCCUGUCCUGGAAAUGGAAAUGUUUCAUUCUAGGGUUACAUUCUUCAGUAACAGAUAUAAUUGUUGAUUUUGCUAUUCUUGAAUUACCUGAGCCUGCAAAUGUAAAACCAUUGUGUCUGAAUUUGCACUAAUGAUGUUUGAUUGCAAAAGAGGUGUGACAUACAGGACCCCUCUGCUUAAAUACAAGAAUAUAUGCAGAUAUCACAUUUUUUUUUCUAUAAACUCCUGAUUGUUUUUAACUAUAAGAUUUCAUGAAUCUAAGUUUGAAUGUAUUCCAUUACAAGAUAUUGACUUGCCACUUUUUUCGCCCCUGGGAAUUUCCAUAUUGUUGCAAUAAUUCAUUAUAUUCUUUCCCCAUACAGCUUUUUGGACCUGACUUUCUUUGCAUUUUUAAUUUUGGUUAUUCUGACAAUAUGUUGAGAAUCAUUUCUUGGUAGCAAAUAUAUAAGAAAGCCAGCAUAUUGAUUGGGAAGGAGGCAGAAUUCAUAUUCAGAGGCCUAGAAACUAGUGAUGAUCAAAUAUUUCUCUUAUUUUCUUUGUUGAUUGCUAUUUUCACAAUUAAUUUCGUUCUUCACUUUCAGCUGAUGUCAACAAAUUUGGGAUUUUAGAAGGGGAGAAGGGAGCAAUUUCUGUAACACUACUGUCAAGUUUGACUACAUAUUAAACAAUAAAAGUGGUUUUGUUUUAAUUUUUUAAACACCUUUA